GUGCUGGGGGCACCUCAGCUGGGCUGGUGAGGCUGCCAGAGAAAGGGAGGCCAGUAGAGUUGGGGAGGGGUCAAGAGACCAGGAGGAUCGGAGAGAAUCAGGGAGAAGAGGCAGCAGACCCGAAGGCGACCAGCCAUGGAGCCUGGGCUGUGUAACAGGGCUUACCUGCUGGUUGGCGGGCUUUGGACCGCCAUCAGCAAGGCGCUUUUUGCUGAGUUCCUGGCCACAGGGCUGUACGUUUUCUUUGGUGUGGGCUCCGUCCUGCCCUGGCCCGUGGCGCUUCCCUCUGUGCUGCAGGUUGCCAUCACGUUCAACCUGGCCACAGCCACAGCUGUGCAGAUCUCCUGGAAGACCAGCGGGGCCCACGCCAACCCCGCUGUGACCCUGGCCUACCUCGUGGGAUCCCACAUCUCUCUGCCCCGGGCUGUGGCCUACAUAGCUGCUCAGCUGGCUGGGGCUACAGUUGGGGCUGCUCUUCUUUAUGGGGUAACUCCAGGAGGUGUCCGAGAGACCCUUGGAGUCAACGUGGUCCACAACAGCACCUCGACUGGCCAGGCGGUGGCCGUGGAGCUGGUUCUGACGCUGCAGUUGGUUCUCUGUGUCUUUGCUUCCAUGGACAGUCGGCAGACCUUGGGCUCCCCAGCUGCCAUGAUUGGGACCUCUGUGGCACUGGGCCAUCUCAUUGGGAUCUACUUCACUGGCUGUUCCAUGAACCCAGCUCGCUCCUUCGGCCCUGCGGUCAUUGUUGGGAAGUUUGCAGUCCAUUGGAUCUUCUGGGUAGGACCGCUCACAGGGGCUGUCCUGGCUUCGCUGAUCUACAACUUUAUCUUGUUUCCUGACACCAAGACCGUAGCCCAGCGAUUGGCCAUCCUUGUGGGUACCACAAAGGUGGAGAAAGUGGUAGACCUGGAGCCCCAGAAGAAAGAAUCACAGACGAACUCAGAGGACACAGAAGUGAGCGUGUAACAGCCUCUGGCCCCUUGGGCUUCCAGGGCAGGCUGCCUUGUAUGGUGUCCCUGGUGUGUGUGGGAUCUGUCCUAACAGUAGGUACCAAUCUUUAUCUAUCCCUGACCAAACAGUUGUUCCCUUUCCAUUUUUCCUCUCUUGAGAUACACUAUGCAACCUGACCUUCUGUUCACAAUGCUCCCCAAACCCUGCUGGCCUCAGUCUCUUGCCCUGUGAAAUGGCUGGGACUAGCUUCUACAUUGACAGACAGAAAGAAUCUGGAGGUUAAAUCCAUCCAGUUAGUUUUCCAAGGCCUUCCUUGCCUUCCCUCUUUUCUUCUUUCAGUGUUUAAUUUUUACCUGUG